AUCAAGCGACACUAUCCGUUAUGCGCACCUCGACAGUUUACAUGGAUGAAAAAAUGUUUGACACCUGCGACGUGUGUGACAAGUUGACAAUGUUUUUAAAUUCCCGUCACUCAAAAUCCGUAAGAGACGAGCCCGAUCGUUCCGAAAGAUUUUUGUAAAUCCGCUGUAUAUUUUUACGUGAUUCGAAUGGAAAUCGAAAAGAAAUGACCGGUAACGCGACGUAUCGUUCGCUUCGAGGCACCUAACCAAGAAAUCGACCAUCCGCGCGAGAACAUGAACACCCUCGCACGAUGUCCCGGAAUAUAUUGCGGCCGGGAAUUAUUGCCGGACGGAAAUUGGAGCGAAUGCGGCGCCUGUCCGCGCGGUUUUCGCGUUAACGCCUCGUCGGCGUGCGUACCUUGCGACGAUGCGCCUAUAUUCUAUGACUGGCUCUAUCUGGGUUUCAUGGCCUUGCUAGUCCUGGUCUUACACUGGUUCUGCAUCGACAAGGUCUCCAAACGUCGCAACAUACCCAAAGAGGUGAUCGCGCUGCACUUGUCGGCGUUGCUCGAAAUAUUAUUGGCGUCCCUCAUAGCAUUACAACUGACAGAUCCCAUUGGCACAUUCACCAUCAAGUCGUGUAGCGCAAAGAGACUAUCUGACUGGUACACAUUGCUGCACAAUCCCAGCCCUAAUUAUGAAGCAACUCUACAUUGUACACAAGAGGCGGUUUAUCCUUUAUACACUGUAGUUUUUAUUUUUUACGCCCUAGGGAUAAUCCUGAUGUUACUGAUAAGGCCGUUAAUAGCUAAGAAAUUUUUACCAAAGCAGGGCAAGCUCUCUAUCUAUGCAGCUUUAUACUUCUACCCAAUCUUGGCACUUCUUCAUGCUGUAGGCGGAGGUCUGAUAUAUUAUUCAUUCCCGUAUAUCACUAUCAUUCUGUCGGUCCUGUCAAAUGCGGCACAUUUUGCAUUUAAAUUGAACCAGAGAAUGAAGUCAUUGUUACUGAGCUCUGUCUCAGAUAUAAAGAACGUGAUAGUGAUUUUGGGUCAUUGGCUAUUACACGCAUAUGGUGUGAUGGCAAUUGCUACUCUUCGUGGAAUCAACAUUCAUCCUGCAAUGUUGGCUUUAGUACCAUUACCCGCUUUAUUUUAUAUCAUAACUGCGAGAUUCACCGACCCCCAUAAGCUCAACAUUGAAUGAAGACUAUCUGAAGUUUCCAACUGGACAAUCGGACUUUCUUCCCACAGUUUUCUCGGCUCAGGUGCCGAACAUUUCGGCGCCAUCACAAUGAUAGCUACAGCACCAGCUAACAUCGCAGCCCAUAAUAACCAGAAACCAAUGAACAAGGCCCACCUCAAUCUCACCCA